ACUGCAAAUCCCUUUCUGUAUUAUGUAUUUCAUACACUGAGAACACUUCAGUGCAGGAAAUGCUGUAAAAGGUUGUAGAAGGGAACUGCUUGCACACAUAUCCGAGUGUGUGAACAUAUGCUGGGAAGCCACAACUGACUAAAGCUUUCCAAACUGGAAUGUGGACACAGGAAUGGGAUAAAGGAAAGGAAAACUCAUGUCUGAAUCCACUAUUAAUUUUCCUUUAAUUAUUUAAUUGUAAAUGGCAUGUACCAUUAAUUAAGAACAGUUUCUGUCUACUGGUGUCCUUCUGUUUUGAGUAAGCUCAGUGCCUUACUUGCCAAGCAAAUCCCAUGAGUAGAAUUUGCAGUGCAAAGCAAACAACUGAAUUCAGACCGUAGAUUUAUGGUAAGCAGUAAAAUGCAGUGCUUACUAAUCAGCUUGGAAAGUAGGCAAAAACCCCAGCCCCUGGAAUCACAUCGCUGUUGGUAAGAGGUGCAUUUUAAGGUGCCAAAUAGUAAAACUUCAUCCUAGCAUAACUCAUCCUAAUCUUCCAAUUUCAGUAUUUCCUAGGACAAUAGGGGUGCUAAUUCUAAAAGCCAGUGACUAUGCCAACCUUUUUGCUGCCCAAAGGCAGCAGCUCAGCCUUAAUGUAAUACAGGUUUUUGUAUCUUCUUGGAAGAAAUGGAGGCUGAGCUGAGGACAGUUUUCAGCAGUGGCACUAUAGUAACUGGAAGAUAGGUUUGGAGGUAGGAUGGCCAGAACCAGUGCAUAAUUUCUCAAAAGAGAAUCUCGUCAACUUAACCCUUUCUAUUUGCUAUGUUCAAACUGAAACCAGACUCUGGGCUAAUGUCUGCCUGGAGCUUACACAAUGCUUUUAAGUGCUGAGAAAGACUGGGAAGCCUUUUAUAUAGUUCUCUGUCAAGCUUCCUUUGGGUUUUUUUCUGUGAAAGCCCCAUUUAUUUGCCUGCUGCUGCUGCUUCCUCUUCUGCAUUUAUUUAUAUAUCCCUUUUAGGUUCAGCAACUUCUCAUUCAUUGCUGUGACCUGAGUGAGAGCUAUGAUGCUUGCAUGCAUGCUUCCCUUAUUAUGGGGCUUGAUGGAACUUCUGGCCAUUACUUUGGAAGAUCAAGGUGGCUGUGGCCCUCCACCUAGGUUAAACUUUGCUGAGCUAACCGACGAGUAUAAGCAAAAGAAUUUAUUUCCUGUUGGCUCGAUUGUGAAAUAUAUGUGCCGUCCAGGCUAUACCGGACUGAGGUACUCUAUUAAGUGCCUUCAAAGCCAGGAGUGGUCCAAAGUUCUGGAGCGCUGUAAACGACAAUCUUGUGGAAAUCCAGGGGAACCAGAUAAUGGGAAGUUGAUUGUGCCCCAAGAUACUUUAUUCGGUUCCACUGUAAAUUACACCUGCAAUGAAGGGCACAGGUUAAUUGGUAGAACUUCCAGCAGAAAGUGUGUCAUACUUGGCCGAAAAGUAGGGUGGACUAAUGAUAUUCCUCUUUGUCAGCGUAUUCCAUGCUUUCCACCACCAGAUGUUCCCCAUGGCAAGCACAGUGGCAGGUCCAUGAAUGACUUCUCCUAUGGGACAGCUGUAACAUACACCUGUGACAAAGGCCACCCCCUUGUGGGAAAUGCCACUAUUUACUGUACUACUAAGGAUGGAUUAAAUGGAAUUUGGAGUGGCCGUGCAUAUUGUGGAGUGGCUCACUGUCCAGCUCCUCAAAUUGAAAAUGGAAGAAUAGUAACUGGUUAUUCCGCCACCUACACAUAUAACCAAAGGGUGACAUUAGACUGCAAUGCUGGCCACAAAAUAGCUGGCUCGAGAGAGAUCCAUUGCCAAGUGGAUGGCACAUGGGACCCUCCAGUACCUCACUGUGAACAGGGCAAGUAUCACUUUGAAGCUCUUUCGUAUGAGACUCCUCACCUGCAAACAGACUUCCCUUUCAGGCUGCUGCUGACUUUUAUGUUCCUAGUAAUCAAAGAAGCAACAUACAAAUCACUAGAAGCAACCCACAAAUCACUUGCUGUAAAAUUCACUGGUUGUGAAAAUCCAGAAAUCCAGAAUGGAAGAAUAACAAGAUCUAGAGGGCAAGUUAAACCCAAAGAGACAAUUACAUUUGAAUGUGACCCUGGCUAUAUCCUGAAAGGCAACCAUACAAUUCAGUGCCAGUUUGACAGCACAUGGGAUUCUCCUGUGCCCAUUUGUGUUAGGGUGAUUCAAUGCCAGCCACCCCCACAUGUUCAAAAUGGGAUGUACAACCAGGAAGCAGCAGUGUUUACUAAUGGAAUGUCUGUGAAAUACACAUGUGAGCCUGGCUAUGGUCUAAUUGGAGAGGGGACUAUUUACUGCACAGCAUCUGGUACAUGGUCUUCCCCUGCCCCUCGAUGUGAAGGAGGUAGCUGUGCACCCCCACCCAGUUUACAAUUUGCUGAACUUCUCACUGAGUAUAAAGAAAAUAAUUCCUUUCCCGUUGGCUCAGUUGUGAAAUACAUGUGCCGUCCAGGCUAUGCUAAGCAUCCCGGAUUGAAGGCCUCUCUUAUGUGCAUUAGAAAUCAGGAAUGGUCAGGAGUUCAGGAGUUCUGCAAAAGAAAAUCAUGUGGAUAUCCAGGAGAACCAGAUAAUGGGAGGCUGAUUGUAACAAAAGAUCUUUUAUUUGGUUCUACUAUAAAUUACACCUGCGAGGAAGGGUACAGGCUAGUUGGUCUAUCUUCCAGACAGUGUGUGAUAUCUGGCCUAAAAGCAGUAUGGACUGGUGAAACUGCUAUUUGUCAGCCUAUUUCGUGUUCUCCACCACCAGAUGUUCCCCAUGGCAAGCACAGUGGCAUGGAUAUAGAUGACUACUUCUAUGGGACAGCUGUAUCAUACACCUGUGAAAAAAGCCACCCCCUUGUCGGAAAUGCCACUAUUUACUGUACUACCAAGGAUGGAGUAAAUGGUGUUUGGAGUGGCCGUGCAUAUUGUGGAGUGGCUCGCUGUCCACCCCCUCAAGUAAGGAAUGGAAGGAUAGUAACUGGUUAUUCAGACACCUACACAUAUAACAAAAGGGUGACUUUAGACUGCAAUGCUGGCUACAAAAUAUCUGGAACAAGAGAGAUUCAUUGCCAGGUAGAUGGUACAUGGGACCCUCCUCUACCUCACUGUGAACUGGUAUCACAGUGCCCCUUGCCUCUGGAUAUACCCAAUGGAAAUCACAAUGGUUUUCCUGGGGAAGUCUUUACUUCUCAGAAGUCUGUAACUUAUUCCUGUGAUCCUGGUUACUCACUUGUUGGAAAGGCAUCUAUUUCCUGCACAGCUUCGGGAGAGUGGAGCAGUCCUCUGCCACGUUGUGAAAGGCAGUGCCCCCCACCUCAAGUGGUCGCUCACGGGAAAUACAGCAGUCAGGAAGCAAAAGGUUUUACUAAUGGGGGGUUUGUAGAAUACACUUGCGAUCCUGGAUACAGCAUUAUAGGAGAUGCCAGAAUUUUUUGUACAGCAUCUGGGUCUUGGAACUCCUCAGCGCCUAACUGCAAAGGUGAGUCAGCCUUUUUAUUUCAAGCAGCAUAUGCAAAUCAUACGACAAGUCUGAAAACAUUGGUAGGAAAGAUAUUUCAUGAAGCUGACUUCUUAUGUAUGUUAUUGUUGGAUGUAUUGCCUGUCUUGCUGAGGAACAAGAUAUUCUUCCCUUGUUGUUGUUGUUUUCCAGAGAUACAUUGCCCCUCACCUCCCAAAGUCCAGCAUGGAAAGUACAGGGCUCUGGGAUCAGAACAAUAUACCAGUGGAAAAAUUGUAAAAUACAGCUGUGACCCUGGUUAUGUACUAAUAGGAAGGGCAACUAUAUAUUGCACAGCAUCCGGUGUGUGGAGUCUCCCUGUCCCACGCUGUGAAUGCAAGUAUUCUGCUACACUGGAUUUUCAUUUUGGCUUUGUAUCUACUAGCUACUUUAUAUUUUCCUUUGCAGUCACUGGCUGUGUAAGUCCAAAAAUUCAGAAUGGAAGAAUAACAAGAUCUAAAGGGCAAGUUAAGCCCACAGAGACAAUUACAUUUGAAUGUGACCCUGGCUAUAUCCUGAAAGGCAACCAUACAAUUCAGUGCCAGUUUGACAGCACAUGGGAUUCUCCCACACCCAUCUGUGUAAGGGAGACUCAGUGUCAGCCACCUGCAAAGAUUGAAAAUGGGAAUCACAGCCACCAUGAAUUAUCAGUGUUUACGAGUGGAAUGUCUGUGAAUUACAGGUGCAAACCUGGCUACUUUCUUACUGGAGAGGCAACUGUUCACUGUACAGCAUCUGGUACAUGGUCUUCCUCUGCUCCUCACUGCAAAAAAUUGCAGUGUCCCCCUCCUCUGCCUAUUCCAAAUGGUGAUCACAAUGGCCAUGGAGAAGCUCAUUUUGCUACAGGAAGAUACAUCAAUUACACCUGUGACCGUGGCUACUUGUUACGUGGCAAGUCUUCCAGUCAGUGUACAGCCUCUGGAGCUUGGAGUCAACCUUUACCCCAGUGUGAAGUAAUGCGUUGUCCACCACCACCAAGCAUUGAGCAUGGAAAGAAUAUAGGAGAAGACCUCACCUAUGGGAGUUCUGUAAUAUACAUUUGUGAUGCCGGCUAUUCCCUCGAAGGAGAGUAUUUGGUUACCUGUAUUUUAGAAGGCUCCAACUCUGUGAACUGGACUAAACUUCCAAAAUGCAAAGGGUGCCCUGCACCUCAAGCGAUUGCCAAUGGGGAACGUGACUCUGAAAGUCUGGAAGAUUUUCCUUAUGGCUCCUCUGUGACGUAUCGUUGUGACCCUGACUACUUUCUUGCUGGAGCUGCGACAAUACACUGCCUGUCUUCUGGAACAUGGGAUCAAUCUGUUCCUCAUUGUAAAAGCAGACAUCAUUCCACUUCUAUUCCUCUGUCAGAGAUUCAGUGCCAGCAACCCACAAAAAUCCAAAAUGGGGAUCACAGCCACCAGGAACUGUCAGUGUUUACCAGUGGAAUGUCUGUGAAUUACACAUAUUGUAACUACACUCUUUUCCUUUCAGAAAUUCAAUGCCGGCCACCCCCAAGUAUCCAGAAUGGGAUUCACAGCAAUGAGGGAUCAUCAGUGUUCACCAAUGGAAUGUUUGUUAAAUACACCUGUGAGCCUGGCUACUCGCUUACUGGAGAGGGAACUAUUUAUUGCACAACCUCUGGCACAUGGAGUGCUCCUGCCCCGCACUGUGAAGAAUUGCAGUGUCCCCCUCCUCUGCCUAUUCCAAAUGGUGAUCACAAUGGCCAUGGAGAAGCUCAUUUUGCUACAGGAAGAUACGUCAAUUACACCUGUGACCGUGGCUACUUGUUACGUGGCAAGGCUUCCAGUCAGUGUACAGCCUCUGGAGCUUGGAGUCAACCUUUACCCCAGUGUGAAGUAAUGCGUUGUCCACCACCACCAAGCAUUGAGCAUGGAAAGAAUAUAGGAGAAGACCUCACCUAUGGGAGUUCUGUAAUAUACAUUUGUGAUGCCGGCUAUUCCCUCGAAGGAGAGUAUCUGGUUACCUGUAUUUUAGAAGGCUCCAACUCUGUGAACUGGACUAAACUUCCAAAAUGCAAAGGGUGCCCUGCACCUCAAGCGAUUGCCAAUGGGGAACGUGACUCUGAAAGUCUGGAAGAUUUUCCUUAUGGCUCCUCUGUGACGUAUCGUUGUGACCCUGACUACUUUCUUACUGGAGCUGCGACAAUACACUGCCUGUCUUCUGGAACAUGGGAUCAAUCUGUUCCUCAUUGUAAAAGCAGACAACAUUCCACUUCUAUUCCUCUGUCAGAGAUUCAGUGCCAGCAACCCACAAAAAUCCAAAAUGGGGAUCACAGCCACCAGGAACUGUCAGUGUUUACCAGUGGAAUGUCUGUGAAUUACACAUGUGAGCCUGGCUACUCUCUACAUGGAGAGGCAACAAUUUAUUGCACACCAUCUGGCACAUGGUCUGCUCCUGCUCCUCACUGCAAAAAAAUUCAAUGCCGGCCACCCCCAAGUAUCCAGAAUGGGAUUCACAGCAAUGAGGGAUCAUCAGUGUUCACCAAUGGAAUGUUUGUUAAAUACACCUGUGAGCCUGGCUACUCGCUUACUGGAGAGGGAACUAUUUAUUGCACAACCUCUGGCACAUGGAGUGCUCCUGCCCCGCACUGUGAAGAAUUGCAGUGUCCCCCUCCUCUGCCUAUUCCAAAUGGUGAUCACAAUGGCCAUGGAGAAGCUCAUUUUGCUACAGGAAGAUACGUCAAUUACACCUGUGACCGUGGCUACUUGUUACGUGGCAAGGCUUCCAGUCAGUGUACAGCCUCUGGAGCUUGGAGUCAACCUUUACCCCAGUGUGAAGUAAUGCGUUGUCCACCACCACCAAGCAUUGAGCAUGGAAAGAAUAUAGGAGAAGACCUCACCUAUGGGAGUUCUGUAAUAUACAUUUGUGAUGCCGGCUAUUCCCUCGAAGGAGAGUAUCUGGUUACCUGUAUUUUAGAAGGCUCCAACUCUGUGAACUGGACUAAACUUCCAAAAUGCAAAGGGUGCCCUGCACCUCAAGCGAUUGCCAAUGGGGAACGUGACUCUGAAAGUCUGGAAGAUUUUCCUUAUGGCUCCUCUGUGACGUAUCGUUGUGACCCUGACUACUUUCUUGCUGGAGCUGCGACAAUACACUGUCUGUCUUCUGGAACAUGGGAUCAAUCUGUUCCUCAUUGUAAAAGCAGACAUCAUUCCACUUCUAUUCCUCUGUCAGAGAUUCAGUGCCAGCAACCCACAAAAAUCCAAAAUGGGGAUCACAGCCACCAGGAACUGUCAGUGUUUACCAGUGGAAUGUCUGUGAAUUACACAUGUGAGCCUGGCUACUCUCUGCAUGGAGAGGCAACAAUUUAUUGCACCCCAUCUGGCAAAUGGUCUGCCCCUUCUCCUCACUGCAAAAUGAUACAGUGCCCCUCGCCUCCAAAUGUCCAGCAUGGAAAUUACAGUGCACCAGAAUCAAUACAAUAUACCAAUGGAAAUUCUGUAAAUUACAGCUGUCAACCUGGUUAUGUACUAAUAGGGGAGGCAACACUGAAUUGCACAGCAUCUGGUGUGUGGAGUCUUCCUGUCCCACACUGUGAAGCAGUAGGCUGCAUCCUCCCACAGAUUUCUGGUGGCAAGAAGGAAAACUCAGAAAUUGUGAUUCAGAUUGGAGCUAAUGUGACUCUGGAAUGUGAAGAUGGUUAUGCCUUGAAAGGCAGUUCUCGUGUUCAGUGUCAGCCUGAUUUUACAUGGGAUCCUCCUGUGCCAGUUUGUAACCAAGGUUUUUAUAUCUCCGUUGCCACAGGCAUUGGCUCUCUGGUUGGCGCCUUGCUUCUUUUGGUUAUUGCUGGUGUUUUCUGUGUAAUUGUAAUUGUUUUGAAGCGGAACAAAGCUAAAUAUACUCCUGCAAGCAACAGAAUAUAUGAAAGUCCAGAUGUUCAAGUAGCAUGAUCCAACUCUGAAAAAGGCUUCGUUUUUGCAGUAAUAGGUGAAAGUAACUGGAUGAACAGAUGCCAACAAAUAUACCUGCUUCUUUGGACCACUUGACACAAUCACUGCUUGGAAAGUGAAAACAAAUAUUUUGCCACAUGCAGAAGAGGAACACAUUCAUGUUUCAGUUUUUGCACUGCCCCUUUCAGAUAGAAAUAAUCACUGUGGUUUUGAUAUGCUAACUUUUUUUGUAUUUUCAAAAUAUAUAAUAUAAUACUACUUGUAAGCUACCUUGUAGGAUUAAUAUUCUGAAAGAUCAGAAAUAAAUAACUGUUAUAAAUAAAAUAAAAUUUAAAAAUUA